UUCCUGAUGCACCUCAUUUUUUACUUGAUGGAAUGGCUAAAUUAUUUGAUAUUCAAUUUCGUUUGUUAAGAGAGGACAUGUUAAACCCUAUUCGUGGCAAAUAUUGGGAACGAAGUAAAAAGGUAUUAAAUGGUUGUUUAAUUACUUUAUUGCUACCAAACCAAUAUGCCAAACAGCAAACUAACGAGUCUACCAGUGGAAGUACUUUUAUCACUAGCAUCCAAAUGUAUUCACCUUAUUUUGAUCUAUCAAUUUAUCAUAUUGCAUUAAAUGAAAUGUCAAAUUCAAAAGUCCCUACAGAAAAUAGAUUUAUGGUUGAAUCACCUGGAGUGUAUUUAGAAGCUUACUAUCAUGUUCUUAAAACUAUUCAAACUACAAAUUCUUCUUCCCUUCCCUUUGAAAAAUAUCUUACACCUAAUAUUAAUGAUGGAAAAGAGAAAGAUAAUAAUAUAUCAAGUAAUGCUAUAGAUUUUGAAGUUGAACCUCCACUAUAUACUAGAGCACCUAGUUUUGAAUUUGAUUUAUCAGUUAUAUGUAUAAAUAAAAAUCAAAAUUUGAAAUUAAAUGUUGCAAAAUAG